CAAACCAUAUUAUAUAUAAUUUGUAUGUGUGUUUAAAAAAAAAAUUAGCAUUAUGUUCCUUCUUUCAUCAACCACCCACCCUCCUAGAGAAGGAACUUUACUAGGUACAAUUUUUUUUAGUUUUACAACAGUAGGUGGGGUUAAAAUUUUUUUUACAUUUUAUAAAAAAAAUUUGUUCAUUUUCCAAUGUUGUUUACAUGGUUGCAGAAGAGUUUUUGUUUGUGAUGAAGACAGAGAAUCAUCUGCCUUACUUAUGUUUGACACUGAUAUUGUCUUGCGUGAAAAAGUACUGUUUAUAGGUAUUCUGUCUUCCAUUUCUUUCAGAAGUGAUCUAUUUUUAUUUGAAAGCCAGCAUACUUUUUUUACCAGACAAUCUGGGCGGGCAGCCCUCAAACCACAUCUCUUAGCGCCCACCCUCCGCCCGGGCGGUUAUAAAGGGUGGCCCGACUCCGUCGCCAAACUUAUUUGCGACUGGUGGUUCCAGCAGGUUCGUCGUCUCUCUGGAUUUGGGUCGGUUCAUCUGUGCAGUGAUGCUAACCCACUGUGCGUGGCUUCUAGGCUGCGUCUGGCUGGCGGGCGUGACGCGGGGCGCCGAGGACUGCCAGCUGACGCCCGUCAUCCACGUGCUGCAGUACCCGGGCUGCGUGCCCAAGCCCAUCCCCUCCUUCGCCUGCAACGGCCGCUGCAGCAGCUACCAGCAGGUGUCGGGCUCUAAGCUGUGGCAGAUGGAGCGGUCCUGUAUGUGCUGUCAGGAGAGCGGCGAGCGAGAGGCACGCGUGUCUCUCUUCUGUCCCAAGGCCAAGAGUGGGGAGCGCAAGCUGCGCAAGGUGAUGACGAAGGCUCCCAUCGAGUGCAUGUGUCGGCCGUGCAGCUCGCUGGAGGACGGCGCCAUCGUGCCGCAGGAGAUCGCCGGCUACGCAGACGAGGGGCCGCUCAGGAACCAGUUCCGCACCACCCAGUAG